AUGGCUUCAGACAUGCCACUCCCUGUGCCGCCACGGACUCCUACGCCACCCCCCGAUGAGCCUCACAGCCGCUUUAGCUUCCCGUCCCAUCCUCCAGAUCGCGAUACCUUGUCUCCCCUAGUAGAAUCAUUUUCUCACCGGAUUGGCUCAGAUACGGAAGAUCGCAACCGUCUAAGUCCCACCAGGGCAUCGUUCAACAACCUCUCCGCGGAUACAACACAACAAAAUGGCCAGAGUGAGGUCUCGUCGGGGCCGUUCAAUUUUCAGACCACGACCAUGGCGAAAAGCCCUGUCGUGAAAUCUAACAUUGGUCAGCGACGUGGCCACAAAUACAAACACAGUAGUAUCUCGCAUCAGAUCUUCCUCGAACCUCCUCCUAGAGCCCCAUUGGCUUUGCCCAACUCUUUACCUAUACCUACGCUGAAAGAAUGCCGGGCUAGCAUGUCUGUGGAUCAGAAACGAAGGUUCUGGUGGAGUGUAUGCCAUAUGUUCGUCGCCGCUUAUACCUUGUGGAGUGCGCAUGGGUCCCUGGCCAUGACAGCCUUAUCUCACUUAAUCCUGUUCGACUCUCUCGGUGCGUUGCUCUGUGUCGUGGUAGACGUGCUGGGCAAUUUUGAAGUCUGGAAAAGGUCGAGCAUUCGACAUCCGUUUGGAUUAGAGCGCGCGGAAGUGCUGGCUGGGUUUGCAAUGUGUGUCCUCCUUUUGUUCAUGGGAUUGGACCUCAUCUCCCACAACCUUCAGCACUUCCUUGAGUCCUCAGGCCACGAGCCCCAUCAUGAGCACGCCCAUGAACGAGUCUCCCCGGGAAGUGUAGACUUUACCGCGCUGCUCGCGAUAUCAUCCACUCUUAUUUCUGCUAUAGGCUUGAGAAACCAUGGCCGGAUUGGAAAGGCGAUGCGCUUUGGUUACAUUGAGUCCCUACCAUCAGUGCUCAGUAAUCCGUCUCACUUCCUGACGCUUUCAUGCUCCACAUUGCUCCUGGUCCUUCCCUUGGUGUCGAUUAAGCUCUUCAGAUGGCUCGAUGUCACCCUAUCUAGCACGAUUUCAAUAUGCAUGUGCUUUUUUGGGAUACGACUCGUCAAGACUUUGGGAUCCAUGCUGCUCAUGUCUUAUUCUGGACCUGGAGUCUCCGAUGUGCUUCGGGAUAUCGAAGCCGACCCGUGCGUGUUCGCUGUCGACGAUGCAAGAUUCUGGCAGGUGCACUACGGGCUUUGUAUGGCGAACCUGAAGCUCCGUGUUUCCGGAUCGGAGGAAAAUCUCUCACGACUUCGUGAUCGGGUUUCUAGUCUCAUCAAGAACCGGCUCGGAGGUGGAUACGGAAGUGGUGGUCAGAGAUGGGAGAUUUCUGUACAAAUGGCAAUAGAGAACAGUUAG